AGACGGUGUUGUUGCUGUGUUUGCAGUGAAUUGUUUUGAAACAGACAACAUAUCUGUACUUCUAUAACUUGGAUUUUGGCACUGCCUUCGAAUCAGACAUUUGUACCGUAAGAAGUCUGUCCUCCACAACGUUUCGGCGUUCUUUUAGAGUGAUUGCAGAGCAUCAUGAAGAUGGGCUUCUUCACCCUCUUGAUCGAAGCAUCACUUCUUUCUGUGUCCGUUCUUGGGCAAACCACAGAUGUUGAAGAGCUUGCCAUCAAGAAUGCAGACUUUGCUACACGGCUUUACAGCAAGAUUGCUAGCUCAAGUGAUGACAACGUGGCUGUUUCAACUCUCGGGGCUACCUUGGCCUUAGCCACAUUAGCAGCCGGGGCUGGUGGAGCUACUCAAUCCGAGCUGCUCCAGGGUAUAGGAGUGGACUCCAUGGUGAAAGAUGGAGAGCAGGAAAGGAUUCAGAAUAUACUCCAGCAGCUGAGGGAAGACGCUGCUCAAAUCCCGGCCACUGGACUCUUCAUCAAGCAGGACGUCAAGGCUGAUGACAGCUUCAGCAACCAGGUUAAACAGUAUUAUAAUGCAGAUGUCCAGAAUGUGAAUUACGCCAAUGGACAGCAGGCCAAAGGAAGUAUUAAUGAUUAUGUCAGAGGCCGAACAGGAGAGAAGGUCAGGGAUGUGGUGGAGAAUGUAGAUCCACAAAGCAUGGCGAUUUUAAUCAGUGCUGCUUUCUUCACAGGUCAGUGGCUGCAACCAUUCAACGCAACCUUCACCCAAGAAGACAGAUUCUAUGUGAACAAGUAUAACAUUGUGCAAGUACCCAUGAUGCUCCGUUCUGGAAAAUACUACCUGGCAUAUGACCCCACAUUUAAGGUUGGAAUUCUGAAGCUGCCCUGCGAGAACGGCAUUGCCAUGCUUGUUCUUCUUCCGGAUGAAGAUGUGGACUACACCUACGUUGAUGAAUCCAUGACUGGUGAAGUGUUUCGUGGAUGGGUUGCGAAGCUGAAAAAGACGAAGCUGGAGAUUCAGUUGCCCAGAUUUUCACUGAAGCAGUCCAAUUCGCUCAGUGUGAGUCUGCCGAGUCUGGGUGUUAAAGAGAUCUUUGGAAGUACUGCAAAUCUUACUGGAAUCAGCAGCAGUGAAGGCCUGAAGCUGUCAGAGGUGGUACAGAAGGUGGCUGUGGAUGUGGAUGAGUCUGGAGGCUCACUGGCAGAAGCUUCCGGCAAUCUCUUCAUGAAUCCUCUUCCUCCCAGGCUCACUUUCAACCGACCCUUCAUUUUUGUUGUCUACCAUGAGGUCACAAAAUGCAUCCUCUACAUUGGACGUGUGGUCGACCCAACUAAGAACUAAUUAGAGAAACUACCAAUGGUGUAUACAGGUGUUCUCACUCCUACAUCCAUUUGUUUUGCGUGAAUAACCAAAUAUUAAUAGUGUUUUAAAACAAUUAAUAUCAGUAUCAACCUUUUAACUGUUAUUAACAUUAUACUGUGAUUUAAUUAACAUUAAGUAGCAGCAUAAUAUAGUCACAAUCCAAUGUUUGCUAGGAAAUUAAAUGAAUAGUGUACUUAAUGUCAAGUGUAACUAGUAACUUGUUUUUCUAUGUGCGCUGUCAGUAUUUAAAGAGCCAGUUCAAAAGCAAGUCAUUAAAGCACGUCAUAUUCAACAUGAAUUUUAUUCAUUGGGUACUAAGAUGUUGGCGUUAAUCAAUCAGGUGCUGGGUGGCACCAGGCACAAUCUCAUUGGUGGGAUGGGAUGGAGAGUUCCAAAACUCUUCAAUCAUAAAAAUACAUAGUGCUUCUUUUUCUCUUAGCCACUUCAAAAAUAUAAAACAGAGAAUUUUGCAAAGCAUGCUAUAAUACAAGAAACAAAAUAAUGAGGCAGUAAAUUAAAUACAUUCAAUUACUCCUCAACUCUCGGUUUCAUUUUAUGAUGUAUGGUGUGAGAUUUUGAUUGUUUUUUUUGUAUGAAAUAAGGCAGAGAUGGAUCAAUGCAGACCUUAAUUGAUGCCCCAGCACAUCUUAAGCCUUUUCUGGGAUAGAAGAGAGAAUGGACACAUCAAAAUGGAGGGACACUGCUGUGCUGCUGCUGCAGAAUGAAAAGUCUUGUAAAAGGGGCUUUAAGUCAGAAGGCAAAGUGGUAAUCACUCUCUCCCAGACUGCAUUCCAAAUGAAUUCGACUUCCGCUGUCUGUCGAACACAAACAGAAAGACAACAUAAGAUCACUCUUGCUGAAUCACACCCGUUCAUAAUAAAACAAAAUUGCAUUGCUAAGAAAAAAGAAAUGAAAAUAAAUCAAAACAUUGUACAAAACAAUUAUAAAAA